AUGGCAGUAUCGGGUAGAAAGGUUGCCGAUUUUCAAGGUUCCAUAUCCAAAGGCUCAGCAGAGGACUUUGACCAUAGAUGUGAACCAUGUUUGGCGAUUGGUCAGCAAAUAGAAGCUCAUGGAUUUUGUGUGGACUGUCAAGAACACUUGUGUAAGAACUGCUUUGCUUAUCAUCAAAGGUUAAAGGCGAACAAACACCAUCAGCUGGUAAACAAAGAUAAUAUGGCUAAACAUGCUGUUAGCAAGGUGUCAGACGAAUGCACCGAGAAGUGUCAAGUGCACAAAAAGGAAGUAAUUAAAUUUUUCUGUCCAAAACACGAAGCUCUCGGCUGCAACGAUUGUAUCGUCCUGAAUCACAGAGCAUGUGAUAUUGACUAUAUACCUGAUAAAUGUGCAGGUAUCGGGGAUAGUACAGAGUUCAAAGAGUUACUAAGGGAGCUUGAUCAAAAAGUAAAUGAGGCUGAUAAUAUUAUAAAACAGGCUUCAAAUAGAGAAAAAGAAUUAGAUUCUUGCUAUGAUAAGCUACUCAAAGAAAUUUCAAUGUUUCGCAAAGAGAUAAAUGAUCGUUUAGACCAACUACAAAAGCAAAUCCAGACGGAUGCUGACAAAAAGAAGUCCACAGAUAAACAAACAGUAAAGAAUAUACUUGAAACAUGUACAAACAUUUCUUCAGAUAUCAAACAACUACAGUCGAGACUUCAAGAUUACAAAGCCUCUAAGCAGAAUGGACAACUUUACAUUACAAUGAAACAAGCUAAAUCCAAACUAAAGUCAGACGAAAUAAAGGAGGCAGACAGGAGUUUAGAAAAAGCAAACAUGCAAUACACAUUUGAUCAAAACCAAGACCUGACAAACAUGCUUUCAAGACAAAAUGCAUUUGGAAAGCUCACUCUCUCUUCCUCUGUGGUAACUUCAAAGGGUAGGAAACCUAUCGACAAAUUAACCCGCAAAGAAAAUAUAAAUAUAAAGACGAAAUCUGAUCAAAUUUUGUGCUGGAUCACAGGAUGUGUUGUUCUGUCUUCUAACAAACUUGUGGCGGCUGAAUUUUACAAUAAGAAGCUGAAAGUUGUUGACAUAAAAAACAAAGCUAUAAUAGUAGAGACAACACUUUCUUCAGAUCCAUGGGACAUUGCAGUAAUGCCCCAGGACCAUAUUGCUGUGACAAUGCUAGAGAAGAAAGAAAUCCUUAUAAUGACAACAGCAGAUAAACUGUCAACUGUCCGCAAAUUUCCAGUUAAAGGAUAUUGUAGAGGUAUAGCUUAUCAUGAGGAACAUCUCUAUAUAGUUAGCAGUUAUCCAAAGUGUGUAUAUGUUACAGAUACACAAGGUAACGUACAGAACACAAUUAAACUGGAUAAUAAGAUAUUUGUCUCACCAUACUACUUACUGCUGAGUAAGGAUCUGAGACAUAUCUUCAUCAGUGACUGUGAUAGCGACAGUGUCUUUAGUAUAACAUUACAAGGUGACAUAUCUGCUGAAUACAAAAACAAAGACUUUAUAUCACCAGAGGGAAUGAUGAUGCUAGACGAUGGAUCCUUGCUGGUGUGUUGCAGUGUAGGAAAUGGCAGCAUAUAUCGUAUCUCGGGUGAUUUGAAGCAAUGUCACACAAUGAUAGAUGAUCUGUCAUACCCGUACUCUCUGUGCUAUAAUCGUGAUGCACAUGAGGUCUAUGUCGGAUGUAUGGAUAAUCAGAUGAUUGUGUUGAGUUCAAUAUAA